AUGGCAAUGAAUGAUUGUAGCCGUAACGUUUCAUCAUCACUUGAGUUCCCUUCACAGAAACAUUGUUGGCAUUGACACCAACACCAACACCAAUCUUUAUCCACCAUUCUUUGGAACAACCAGUCAGCGUCCAUGCCUUCUGCUUCAAGAAGAAAAGCAAAGAAACUGAAAACUUUGACCAUUCUCAACCACCAUUCUUCUCCUGCUGAUCAACUCCAAGGGGCAGCUGUUUCAUCAAACCACAGCAAGAAAAUGGAAGGAUCUCUCAAUGGAACAUUGCAAAACACUCAGAACGAAGAGACACAAUCUUUGAGCCAAGAUAAGGAGGUGGCUGUGGAAGUUGAUGAAGAGACACCACAAACACCAAGUGAGGAGUUGGUUGAGUCAAGCAAAGUUGAAGAGACACAAGAAGAUGUUACUGAAUCAGUUGCUGAGACUUUUGAGUCUGAUGCUGUAAAGGAUGCUCAAGAUGAGAGUUCAAAGGAAUUGGAAUCAGAUACUGUGGAGUUGGAAUUGAAGGAACAACAAGAGGAAAAAGAAAAAGAUUUGGCUCCUUCAGAGGACAAUAAUAAUAAUAAUGAGGCCUCUUCAGUUUCAGGAAAUGAGGGAUUAGGAGAAACUGAAGUGGUUGAAACAGUUGUUAAGGACAUGGAGGUUGGUGAAGAGGAGGAGAAUGUUUUGUCUUCUGUUGUGACAGUUAAGUUACAAGAGGAAACAAGUGAAGUCUUUGGUGAUUCUUCUUUGCCUCCAACUGGUGAUGUGGUUUCAGAGGAAACUGUGGAGACAAGUGUUGCAAAAUCAGAUGAAAGUGACAAGAUUGUUGCUCCAACCAUAAUUGAAAAAUCAUUGGAUUUGGAACCAACUUUGGAUGAGAAAGUUGGGGAACCAUCAGGUGGUCAAGAAGAGUCAUCAAAUGAAAGUGCCAAGGAAACUUCUCAACCAUCACCUAGUGUUCCUGAGGCUGAAAGCACUGAAAAUCAGACCAUUGGCCCUGUGACUCAAAGUGAAAACUCCUCUUGGAAGAGUUGCUGUGGACUGUUGGAGAUUGUGAUGGGUGGAAGUAGAUAAUUUAAGGGCAAAGCAUCUUAGAAGGUUGAACCUUGAGCUAAGGUAUUGAGGCAUUGCACAAUCAUAGGCUGUGACAGUGCCCUUUCAAAGGAGACAAAAUCUGUUCUGCGUGCAUUCUUUGUGCCUCAGAUUAAGGGGCAUGUUCUGGUGUGCUUUCCUGCUUCGUUUCAGAGUGCUUACAUUGUUUCAUUUCAAAAACGACAAAAUGAAUGGUACAUUUCGGUUGUGGCAUGUUGUAAACUUCCAUGAACUAUAAUUCAUUAUCAAAAUUUAUUUUACAGUCAUCACGUUAUAA